UUCUGUGUUGUGACUUUAUUGUAGGUUAAAUGAUUGUAACUUAACAAACAAAAGCUGUUCAGCUCUGGCUGCAGUUCUUGGAUCAGACACCAAUCUGAAAGAGCUGAACAUGAACUAUAAUAAUCUGCAGGAUUCAGGAGUGAAGCUGCUCUGCACUGGACUGAAGAAUAUAAAGUGUAAAUUGGAGAUACUGAGGUUAAAUGAUUGUAACUUAACAGACAAAAGCUGUUCAUCUCUGGCUGCAGUUCUUGGAUCAGACACCAAUCUGAAAGAGCUGAACAUGAACUAUAAUAAUCUGCGGGAUUCAGGAGUGAAGCUGCUCUGCACUGGACUGAAGAAUAUAAAGUGUAAAUUGGAGAUACUGAGGUAAGUUGAGCCACAGGAGUCACAUGACUAGAGUGAGGUGCGAUGACUGACAGGACGAUGCCGGAGGCAAAAGCGCAAGAUAACUUUUGUGAAAAAGAUCUUUAAUUUAUUUGUUACAACGUGGGUAUACCAUAUUAAUCCUGUCAUUGUGCUAUUUUAUUGUUGUUGUGUAUAAAGGAUUAUUAUGCUCUUAGGGCUAAUUAAUACCCGGUGGCAACCACCAAAGAUUGUCAGAUCAGAACAGUAAAUGAUGCCCGUUUAGGAGGAGCCAGAUGCACACACCACUCACAGACCACCAGGGCUGGAUUAACCAUUAGGGCAACUGGGCUUUUGCCUCAGGGGCCCAUGACAUCUAAGGGGCCCUGGGCACCAGGGGCGGAGUGGCAAUCGGGAGAAUCGGGAAUUUCCCCUGUGGGCCAGUUGUGUUUUGAGGCUGCGAGGGCCGAUCUGAUCAAAUUUAUUUAUUGCAAGUUGGCCAUGCGCACUUGGGCCCCAAGCGAGGGGAAGAUUUUUUUUUUUU